UUCGCGCACCCCCUGACGUAACCAGCCCGCGCCAGCAGGAGUAGGGGCGAAGCACGUUUUAUCCACAGCUGCCACGCACCAUGGCCAGCCCAGUCCAGCAGCACCCCCAGUCUGGCGGCGGGAAGCGCAAGGGCAAGGCUCAGUACUUGCAGGCCAAGCGUGUUCGGCGUUGCGAGGGCGGCGGUGGGCCCCGGCAGUUGGAACCUGGGCUGAAGGGCAUUCUCAUCACCUGCAACAUGAACGAACGCAAGUGCGUAGAGGAAGCCUAUAUCCUGCUCAACGAAUAUGGGGACGACUUAUAUGGCCCGGAAAAGUUUAUAGACAAGGAUCAGCAGCCUUCUGGAAGUGAAUGCGGAGAUGAUGAUUUGGAAGCUGCCUUGAAGAAAGAAGUUGGUGACAUUAAGGCAUCUACGGAGAUGAGGCUAAGAAGAUUCCAGUCAAUGGAGAGUGGAGCGAAUAAUGUAGUCUUCAUCAGGACACUUGGGAUAGAACCUGAGAAAUUGGUGCAUCAUAUUCUCCAGGAUAUGUACAAAACCAAGAAGAAGAAGACUCGGGCUAUUCUGCGAAUGUUACCGAUCUCAGGCACAUGCAAGGCUUUCUUAGAAGAUAUGAAAAAAUAUGCAGAAACUUUUUUGGAACCCUGGUUUAAAGCUCCGAAUAAAGGGACAUUUCAGAUUGUAUACAAAGCUCGAAAUAACAGUCAUGUGAAUAGAGAAGAAGUUAUCAAAGAAUUGGCAGGAAUAGUUGGAAGUCUCAAUUCGGAAAACAAAGUGGAUCUUACCAAUCCACAGUACACAGUGGUAGUAGAAAUCAUUAAAGCUGUCUGUUGUCUGAGUGUUGUGAAAGAUUACGUGUUGUUUAGAAAGUAUAAUCUCCAAGAGGUGGUGAAGAGUGCUAAGGACCCGCCACAACUUAACUCCAAGCAGACUGCACAAGCAGGAAAUGGAAAAGAAGCUAAAUUGGAAACUAGUGACAGAUCAAAUCAAAAUGACCCAGCAGAAGAAAAAAAUAACCAGAAGGUGGUACCAAAGAGUAGUGAGGAACUGGGGCAGACAAAACCAAUAUCUGAGGUAUCAAUGGCAAAUGAGGGAGGAGCUAAACCUGAACUUGCAAGUCAAAUCACAGAAGCAUCUGAGUCAAGUGAAAAUGACCUCUCAUAGGAAAAAAAAAAUUGUUUGGUGUUGGAGGUGAGUUUUUCAACUGGGAUUCUGUGAACUGUUGGGUGAGGUUCCAUAUAAAAUUGUUGCUGAAAAUUUUGGUUUUGAACUUCUAGUGCUACAUAAUGCUGUGCUCACAGUGCUGAACAGUGACUGAACAGCCCUACUGACAGUUUUCUUAGGUUGUUUCAGCCCUGUCUGGCAGUGUACACUCAACCCAUGUGCAUUUGGGUGAGCCAGUGGAAGCUGGAUAAUUGGGGAACACUCUUAUACGUAGGGGAGUGUGGUAGGAGGAUGACAUUGGCCUCUUCCUCAUGAUAACCUUCUCUACCCUCCCUUGCACUGCCAACUCACUAAUGGGAGUAAACCAGCUCUGUAAAAUAUAUAAACUUUGAGGAAAUUUUCAUUCUAAUGAAGGAAUUUUUGUGUAUCUCAACUCAGUUGUCUCCUGCCACUUUAUUGUAAGCUUUGCAAAAACAUGGGUCAUGCAGGCUAGAAGUGAAUUGUUUUGUGACAUUUUAAUACUUUUUGUGGUUUCUUGUUUAGCUGUUAUACUCUUUGUUAUAUUUUAUUAACAUUUGUUGCAAACAAAUCUGGUGGUCCUGUGCUACAGUUUUUGAAGGCAAGUCUGACAUAGAAGAGGACGAUGGUAGGCAUAGAAUAGACAUUCCUGAUAUGGUUAGUGAUGAAGAAUUACAGUCUUCUGAGUUACUUGAAGACAUUGGUACAACAAGGGACAGAGAGAGAUUCUUACUUUACAAUGAAAUCUACUUCUCAAUGGUUAUAUGGACUUAUAAUCCAGGCUGUCCUGUUCCAUUGUAUAUUGUCUGUGGAAUGCAACUUGUAAACCUAGCAUUUGGUCCAGUGGUUGUAACUAUAACUCAUAGCCAUUUGGUAAGUAAAGAUGUUGAUUAUUUUAAAUGCUUUUUGGAAUUUCAAAACAGUAAAGCUUUUGUUAAAAAAAUUACAAUUAAUUUAGAAAGCGAAAUAUUUAGUAGCAGAACUUACUCCACAAAAUAAAAUUUCUCAUAGUUCGUAAGUAUCUAACAAUACCAACAUUGAAUGCUAGGACAAGAAGUUAAAAAUUUGAAAAUACUUUACUCUAAUUUAAGAAAUUGAUAUAUGUCAUAUGAUGCUAAAAAGUUGUGUUUUUUUUGUCAUUAACUGCAAAGAAGCAGCUUCUCUAUCUGGGUUGAGAGUCAACAGAUUUCAUGAAUAUUUAAUUUAUUUUUUAACUUUUCAAUAACAGUUGAUAUUCAAUAUUAUAUUAGUUUUAGGCAUACGGUAUAGUGGUUAGACAUAUAUAUAAUUUAUGAAUAUUUGAAAUGGUGUAGCAUUUGCAAGAUUUGUCAAUGAUGAUGACAUUCAAGAAAAUUUUUCAGCUACUAGGAACCUCCAAAACAAAGACAAAUAUACAUUUAAUGGGUCUUUAUAUCUGAAAACUAAAGGUCUGUCAUCUGUACUCUUAGUGACCCAUCAGUGGUUGGCCUCAUGACCAGUUUUGCCUCAUUUUAAAAGGAAAUCCUAAUGUUGAUGUUUUAGUACACUGCUUUCUUCACAGAGAGGUGCUGGUAUAAAAAAUGGAUGAAAUGAAAGUGUUAGAUGAUGCUACAGAGAUGGUUAUCUCUGUUACAGAUCCAUUUAUUCAAGAAUUUUUUAAAAAAUCCAAAAAAUAAAACCUGAACAAACAGCACAUAAUCUCUUUUACAUACAGACCCCAGUAGCUUAUUAGAUGGGGAUACUUGAGUUGAAAGGUGAAUUACCAGAGUACUUACAAGAAAAUACUGGGCCAGAUUUUGCUGAAUGCUAUGAAGAUGAAGAAUGGCUAUAGAUACUAGUCUACUUAGCAGACAUUUCUCAUUACAUGAAUAAAUGAACAAGUUCCUGAGAAAAUGUUUUUUUCUUAGAAGUGACAAGAUUCUUAGAUUAAAAAGAAAUGAAGUUUGUAACAAUCACCUUACCAAAAGAACUCUUGAAAUGUUUCCACAGCCACUUGUUCCUGAGAAUGAAGAAAGUAACAAGUCUCAAGCCAUUAAAACUCUCCUUGAAGAAGUGCAACACCAAGUUAAAUAGCAUUUCCUUUCUUUUCCUAACACUUGUGUAUGACUGGGUGGGGUUGUAGGGGAGCCCAGUCACCUGGGUGAUUUGAUGUUUUGCCAAAAUACUCUGUAUGAGACGUGGUGCAGGAGUGGUCACAUUGUCAUGAUGAAGCUGCCAGUCACCAGCUACCCAUAGCUAUGGCUUUCUGAUUUAUCCGAAUACUUUCUAUGGAGGAAUGUUCAAGCUUAAUGCAAAAUUUGAUGCAGAUUCGUUGCUCUGUUUGCUCAGUCAUUUUGAAUGUCACAGCCACACAGAACACAUGCUCACUCAAUGGUGUCUACCGCCUUCCUGACUAGUACAGUGAAAUCAUCAUUGUUUAGCAUGUGCAUUCCAGUUCACUGUCCUUAGCUGCUAGGUUACAAUGGUGUCAUGCAAACUAUUCUCAUAAUAAUGGCUAGACUUUUUCUGGACAGACCUUGUACUUAGAAUGUUAACUCUUAAUAGGUUGAAGUCAUCUUGAAAGGAUGAUAAGAGCAUUCUAAGUAUCAUUUUGGGGAACACAGAAGAGGAUUUUGAUGCCUUACACACUUGCUCCAAGUUAAAGAUUACUUUUAUUUAAGUAGCACAAAACUCUUGGUCUCUGGAAGUAAAAUGGGUUUAAUGCACACAGAACAUAACAGCUCUGCACAACUGGAUUCCUUUUACUGUGAGAAAGCUGCCACUUUGGCGUAGUAGUUUGUUUUAAUCCCUUUUUGUAUUCAUUUGUAUUCUGUGAGACCUGAGUGUGAUGAGCAGUGCUUCCUCAGCUAUCAAGUGCUAUAUUUUGUUGGAAUCAAAUUAUUCGGUGAAAGAUUUGUUUUCAAGUUUACCAACUGUUUAUUUUCACUGACAUUUGAGCAUGUUUUCUUAUAAAUGGUGAGUUUCCUGGUUAGAAUUGAAUGCUUUUGUUUUUCUUUU